AUGGCUCCGGCACUGCCAGUUUAUUCUCGAGAGGAAAUCAAGGAAAUGUACCCUGAGCUAUUUCCAGCUCGAAUAGUGAAAGAACCAGAUGGAAAAUUUGAAUUGGAUUCAAAAAGCUGCAAAUUAUACACUCUAGUACAGAACCAGUGCACAUUUGAUGGAAAUCAAUGCAUUUGCGUUCCAUUUCGUCGUCUUUUUGCCAGAUGCUUGGAUAGAAAUUAUAAUAGCCGACGAGAAAUGAUUGGAUAUAAGUUGAUGCCAGUUCAUCAAAGACAGGCGAUAGAAAGAGUGAGCGGGCGAAAAGCGGGGGGUCCCGUAUACAGAAAUGUUGAAAUUACCGAAUUUGAAGACAACGACUACACAAAGUAUUUGAGAGAAAAGAAAGAUGAUAAAUGGAUGAGUUCUGAACUGUUGGAGGAUUUCCUCCGAACGGAUAAAAUCUUUCAGAAGAAGGUUCAUGAGUAUUACGAGAAGAUGGAUAAGGGCAAGGAUGAUUAG